AUGUUGUUUCAGAACCUUACCAACAGAGGAGCAGUGAGCUACAAUUCUUAUCUCGGAGUUCGCGAUGUAGACUGCAAGAAUAUCGACUUAACGUAUGUGUGUAUAAAUUCUAGUCAACUUAUUGAAAAAGUGACCAAUGCAGUUGCAGCGUUUAUCGAAGCUUUGCACCGUGAUAGCUAUUCAGCUAAUACAAAUGGUGAUGUCCGUGGAGCAAUUAACCUUGAAUUUGUCGUACACAGAAAAGGGGGUUGGUUAGGACCAGAGGCAUCUGUUUGGGAACGAUGGAUUGUAAAUAUCUGUUUAAAAACUAUACAUCCAAACGAGAAAGAAGCUCAUCGUCGUCAACUUAGUAGUCAGUUAAGAGAUGAACUGUGUACCAUCCUUGAACAUUUCAACUCUCCUUCAGUAUAUACUCCAUCAUUAGGUAGUUCACAAGCGGAAACAGAGCAUAUUAUAGACUUCUCUAUGUCUGAUAUAUCACCUUACCGUUUCAGUAUAAGCCAUCUUACUGCUACUGGUCAGAGUCGUUCUGGAACUGAAUGA